AUGAGAAGUAUUAAUGAAGCAGUAAUUAAAAAUAAUAAUGUUUUUAUAAAAAUGGAUUAUAACGUAGGAAUUGACAAAGGUAGGGUAUUAAAUGAUUAUAAAAUCAAAGCAUCAUUCUCGACAAUUAAAGAUGUUUAUUACAAAAAUCCUGCAAGAAUAAUAAUUGGUAGUCACCUAGGGCGUCCAAAGGGGCAUUUCGAUAAAUCAUUAAGUUGUCUCCCUAUAUUUGAUGUACUACAAAAAAUGAUCAAAGAAGAAUUAAAAGAAAAUUUGUAUUUUUGCAAAAUUGAAGAUUAUAAAGGAGAAAAAUUUGUGCUUUUGGAAAAUUUAAGGUUUUAUCCUGAGGAACAAAAAAAUUUACACACUAAUACAAUUCUAAGCGAUUUUUUUAAAAAGUAUGUUGAUAUUUUGAUAGUUGACGCUUUUGGUGUUUUACAUCGAGAAGAAUAUUCUACCUGUUUAACGGGCAAAACACCAUUUGCAGGCAAUCUAGUUCGUAAUGAAUAUAUUAUUGGAAAAGAACUUUUAAAUGAUGGAGUUGAACUUAUCAUACUUGGUGGAAGUAAAAUUAAAGAUAAAGUUAGUAUUUUAGAAUCAUUGGUUCCUAAUUGUAAAUCAAUAUUUGUUUUGGGUGCACUUGCAUGUUCUUUUUUGAAAUAUCAUUAUAAUGUUGAAGUCGGAAAAUCUAAGGUUGAAGAAGAUGUAGCUGAAAUGAUUGAAAGAAUAUAUAAGCUAAGUAACGAACACACCGUUAACAUUUAUUUACCACAAGAUUAUAAAGUUUUGCAGAAUGGAAAAUAUUUUUUAAGUGAAAAAAUUCCAAAAGACGGAGAGGUUGUUGAUAUAGGCUUAAAAACUAUAGAACAACUCGAAAAAGUUAUAAACAAAUAUGAAAGUAUAUUUUGGAAUGGGCCGCCCGGAAUUUUUGAAAAUUUUAAUUCAAGUGCAGGAAGUGAGGCACUAGUAAAGAUAUUGGCCAAGAAAUGUAAAGUUGUCGUGGGCGGGGGAGAAACUUCUGCUUGUGUUUGCAGAUUUGGAAAUGUAAAUGAUUUUUUCCAUGUAUCUACAGGAGGCGGAGCAUUUUUAAAAUUAUUAGGAAAUGAAAAGCUGCCUGGUAUUGAUUUGUUACUGAAUAAAUAA